CCAGGCCAGUCAUGGAGGUCCUGUCGAUCAGGGUGGGGCCUCCCAGCCGCCUCCUGGAAAGCUGAGCAUUGGAACACAUAGGAUUUCAGUGGCUGAUCUGGGUUUGUGGAUGUGGGAGAAGAGGUCAAAUCUUCUCCCACGUUUCUGCUAAGGAAGGUGACCCGCCACACCAGGGAGAGGCUGGAUGUGUGCCUGUCUGUGCUAAUUCCCAGGGAUGGAGAAGGGGGACUGCCCGUGAGACUCCUUGACCCGACCCCCUGUGUGGGCCUCCGAAGGGUGUUGAGCAGCGUGGGCAGUUUCAGCCUGGUCACCCAGAGAGCUAGUAGCUUUGUGAUCUGGUCCUGUGGUCACUCCCCGGGGGUCUGAUCUGCUUUGCUAAGGCAUGGAGGCAGAAGAUGUUUCAAGAACUGAGGACAGAGCUGAGUGUCCAGGUUCCAAAAAUGAAGGCCAGCCUGAUGUUGCUCAGCCUGACUUUCCACAUGGAGGGCAGUCUCCGGGUCCCACUGCUCUCUGGGAGAUGCUAGAAAGGAAGUUUCUGGAAUACCAGCAGUUGGCUCACGGAAGCCCCGCUGAACAUCAGCAGAGCCUGUUGAAUCUUCUCCCACUGUUCCUAAAGGCCUGGGAGAACUCUGUGGGGAUCAUCUGCUUCCCCAGUCUCCAAAGCCUGGCAGAAGAUAUUUCUAACCAGCUUGCUCAAGAAAUUCAGAAGGCACUUGUGGGAAAGCCUGCAGAGCAAGCGAGGGAGGCAGCAGGGCAGUUGCUGCGGUGGAAAGGGGACGUGGAUCAGGAUGGCUACCUGCUCCUGAAGUCGGCAUAUGUGCUCACGGGGACAAAUUCGGAGACGCUGGGCAGAGUCGCUGCAUCCGGGCUUCCAGCUCUGCUCCUACAGUGCCUUUACCUCUUCUUUGUCUUUCCUCUGGAAAAGGAGGAGGUUCUUGAGAAUGAUGUUCAAGUUCAAAGGAUGUUUGUGCAGAUGUUGCUGAACAUUUGCAGUGAGUCUCAGGGGCUGGAGAGACUUCUAUCAGGAAAUGAGCUCCAGUCCCUCGUGAUUGCCACUACUUGUCUUCGGGAGCACAGCUGUCGCUUUUGGAAGGAGCCCACCUUCUGUGUGCUGAGGGCAAUCUCCAAGGCCCAGAACCUUGGCAUCAUUGAAUACCUGCAGGCUAUGGAUUGCAUCAAACUGUCCCUUCAGAAUCUCUCCAAGCUCGCAGAUGCUCUCCCUGCUCCCGAGGUGAGCGAGUCUGUGAGCCUCAUCUUGGGCUUUGUGAAGGACUCCUACACCAUCUCCUCGGCUCUGUUCCUAGAGUUCGAGAAUGGGGAGGGCUACCCUCUUCUCCUCAAAGUGCUGCUUCGGUACGAGCUGGCGCAGACUGAAGUGGAUCCCCACCUGGAGGAACUCCUUGAGCUGUUGGUGUGGCUGACCACCUGCGGGAGGUCAGAGCUGAAGGUCUUUGACAGUGUCACGUACCCUCAGCUGGAAGGCUUCAAGUUCCAUCACGAGGAUUCUGGGGUGACCGUUAAGAAUCUCCAGGCCUUCCAAGUCCUCCAGAAUGUUUUCCACAAAGCCAGCAACCCUGACCUCUGCAGCAAGGUCCUGUCAGCCAUCAGGACCAUGUGGACCUGGAAUGCCCGCAACUUCUUCCUGCUGGAGUGGACCCUGCAGCCCAUCUCGCAGUUCGUGGAGAUUGUGCCCCUGAAGCCGGCCCCGGUGCAGAAGCAGUUCUUCCAGCUGCUGGAGGCCCUGGUGUUCGAGCUGCAUUAUGUGCCCCAUGAGAUCCUGAGGAAGGUGCAGUGCCUGAUCAAGGAGAGCCCCGAGUCACCCUGCACCCUCGUGGCCCUGCAGAGUGUCCUCAGGAUAGCCGGCAGGGACCUGCUCUUCACCGACAUCUUCCGGGACUCGGGUCUCCUAGGCCUGCUGCUGGCCCAGCUGCGGAAGCGGGCCAAGAUCCUGAGGAAGUCAGGUAACAAAGAGUCCUUGCUUGGUGUCCCGGAUCCAGAGAGAGAACUGACCUGUGUGAUGCUGAGAACCGUUGUCACACUUCUGAGAGGCUCAGUCCGGAAUGCAGUUGUCCUGAAAGACCACGGCAUGGUGCCCUUCAUCAAGAUCUUCCUGGACGUUGAGUGGUACCGGGAGUCCUCACUCAGCAUCUUGGAGCAGCUCUCAGUCAUCAACGCUGAGGAGUACAUGAGCAUCAUUGUGGGUGCUUUGUGCUCGUCCACUCAAGGGGAGCUGGAGCUGAAACUGGAUCUCCUGCAGUCUCUCCUCAGGAUCCUGGAGACCCCCAAAGGCCGUGCUGCUUUCAGAGUGUCCAGUGGGUUCAAUGGACUCCUGUCCCUGCUCUCUGACCUGGAGGGGUCUCUCCAGGAGCCCCCGCUACAGGCGUGGGGGAUGGUGUCCCCCAGCCAGACCUUGGGUCUGGUCCUGCACACCCUCUGUGCCUUGUCUGCGGCAUUGCACCUGGACCCUGUCAACGGCGACUUCUUCAAGAAGAAUGGGCUUUUUGAGAAGCUGGCCGAGGACCUCUGUUUGCUGGGCUGUUUCGGGGCCCGGGAGGAAGAGGGAGCCCCUCUGCACUCCGAGAUGGACACAAAGGCCAGGCCCUUCGCUGAUCUGCUGAGUGCGGCCUUUGCCCUUGCCAGCCCACUCCCACCCAAGAUACAGAGCUGCCUUCAGAUCCUCAGCUUUCUGGACAGCAUGGCCAGUGGCACCCUCCACCUGCGCAGAGACCUGAAGGAGUCCCCAACGGCUGGGCAGGACCCAGUUCUGAAUGCCCAGAAGGAGGAGGCCGGCAGUGACCCCCACGGCAACUUCAAGCUGUGGCCAGACCUGGAGGAGAGGAUGGAUGAAGGGGAUGCUGUGAUCAUGCACCCCGGGGUCCUGUGCAUCAUGGUGAGACUGCUGCCUCGGUUGUACCAUGAAGACCACCCCGAGCUUUCCCAGGAGAUCCAGUGUUCUUUGGCCGGUCAUAUCCAGUCCCUGGUGAAAUCAGAGAAGAACCGUCAGGUCAUGUGUGAGGCGGGGAUGCUUAGGACCCUCAUGGCCUCCUGCCGUAGGGCCCUGACCACCAGCACCAGCCCCUUGCACUCAGGCCUCAUCAGGAUUUUUGAAAAACUUGCCUCACAAGCCAUCGAACCAGACGUGUUAAGACAGUUUCUAGGUCUUGGAGCUCCCCCACCUCCGUCGGCUGCAACAAAAAUCCUCCAUUCAUCUUGUGUCCACGGAGAGGACUCUGGAGGCCCAGGUUCCUCGGCUGCGGCGGCAGGGAGUGCUGAGGGUCCUCCAGGAGCCGCCCCGGAUGCCGGCCCUUGCUCAGCAGUCACACAGGCCCUCAGACCCUCAAGGACGUCCCAGGGCUCAACCACUGCCCUUCAGACCUCACUCAGCCUCAUCUCUAUGACCUCCCCGCGCAAUCUGCAGCCUCAGAAGGCGGCCCUGGCUCCAUCGUUUGUGGAAUUUGACAUGUCCAUGGAAGGUUAUGGAUGUUUGUUUAUUCCAACCGUGUCUACUGUUAUGGGAACCAGCACAGAGUACCUGGUCUCUGGAGGGAUUGGGACAGGUGCUGCCAGAUCAUUCCCUCCGCUUGGGGGCCUGACCUUCUGCUGCUGGUUCCUGAUCAGCAAGCACAGCACAGUCACUGAGGGCCACCCUCUGCGCUUCCUAACCCUGGUGCGUCACCUGGCCAGGACUGAGCAACCCUUCAUCUGCUUCUCUGUCAGCCUGUGCCCGGACGACCUCUCCUUAGUUGUGUCUACGGAAGAAAAAGAGUUUCAGCCCCUGGAUGUCAUGGAACUCGAGGAUGAUCCUGAGCCUUCUGCUGGUCGCCAGCUUCGGGUCCGGUGUGGCCAGCUGCUGGCGUGUGCUCAGUGGCACCACCUGGCUGUGGUUGUCACCAAGGAGAUGAAAAGGAAUUGUACUGUUUCCACCUAUCUGGAUGGACAGAUCAUUGGCUCGGCCAAGAUGUUGUAUAUUCAGGCCUUGCCAGGGACUUUCCUUUCAAUGGAUCCAUCUUCAUUUGUGGAUGUUUAUGGCUAUAUCUCUACCCCUCGAGUUUGGAAACAAAAGUCAUCAUUAAUAUGGCGUCUUGGACCUACAUACCUCUUUGAAGAAGCCAUCUCGAUGGACACUCUGGAAGUUAUUAACAAACUUGGCCCAAGAUAUUGUGGCAACUUCCAAGCUGUGCAUGCCCAAGGAGAGGACCUUGAUACAGAAGCGACGCCCCUGCUUACAGAGGAAAAGAUUUCCUUUGGCCUUCACAUAGCCAGCUCGUCCAUCACCAGUGUUACAGACAUCAGAAACACUUACAAUGAGGUGGACAGCCGCCUGAUUGCCAAGGAGAUGAACAUUUCAUCCCGUGACAACGCCAUGCCUGUGUUCUUGCUAAGAAAUUGUGCUGGCCACCUGUCGGGUUCCCUUCGAACCAUUGGAGCCGUGGCUGUGGGCCACUUAGGUGUAAGGGUGUUUCACUCCAUCCCAGCAGCCAGCAGCCUAGACUUCAUUGGUGGGCCCACCAUCCUCCUGGGCCUCAUUUCCUUAGCGACAGAUGACCACACCAUGUAUGCAGCUGUGAAAGUCCUGCACUCUGUCCUGACCAGCAAUGUCAUGUGUGACCGCCUGAUGCAGCACAUCUCUGGGUACCAGAUAAUGGCUUUUCUCCUGAGGAAAAAGACUGCUCUCCUAAACCAUCGGAGUUUUCAGCUCAUCCUCUCCAUUGCUGGCACUGCAGAACUGGGCUUCGGGUCAUCUGUUGUCACCAAUGUUGGUGUCUUUCAACACAUCCUCUGCAAUUUUGAGCUCUGGAUGAAUUCCGCAGACAACCUGGAGCUCUCCCUCUUUUCCCAUUUUGUGGAAAUCCUUCGAUCACCAAGGGAAGGACCCCGGAAUGCUGAAGUUGCUCACCAGGCUCAGCUUAUCCCCAAGCUCGUCUUCCUCUUCAAUGAGCCAGGCCUCACCUGCUCCAAGAUCCCCACCAUCAUUGCCAUCCUAGGCUGUCAGCUGAGGGGCUACUCCAGCAUCCAGGACCUGCUCAGGAUUGGACUGUUUGUCGUGUACACCCUCAAGCCUUCUUCGGUGAAUGAGAGGCAGAUCUGCGUGGAUGGAGGCCUGGACUCCUCAGUGCCUGCUGGAAGCCAAACAUCUGGAAAGACAAUCUGGCUCAGAAACCAGUUGCUGGAGAUGCUGUUCAGUGUAAUAUCUUCCUCCCAACUUCAUCUGUCCUCUGAGACAAAGGAAGAGAUGUUUUUGAACCUGGGGCCUGACUGGUUCCUGCUCCUUGUACAGGGCCACCUGCAUCCCAGCACCACUGUGCUGGGGUUGAAGCUGCUGAUGCACUUUUUGGCAAGCCCCUCUCUCCGCGGGCGAUUUAAAGAAGGCCUGUCUGGGGGAUCCUGGGUGGAGCGCAGCCUCGAGGGCGUGGACAUUGUGAUGGAUAAUUUGAAGAGCCACGCCACCUUGCCUGACCAGAGCACCUGCCUGCUUCCUGGGUUCCGUGUCUUGAAAGACUUUCUGGGCCACCACGUGCACAUUCCGGAAGUCUAUCUCAUUGUGUCCACCUUCUUCCUGCAGACACCACUUACGGAGCUGACAGAUGGGCCCAAAGACAGCCUGGAUGCCAUGCUUCAGUCACUCCUGCAGAAGCACUACAGUGAAGAAGUCCUCCGGGUUGGGCUGUGCACUGAAGGUGCCCUGCUGCUUCUGGAAAUGCUGAAAGCCACCAUGAGCCGGCCCUCAGCAGGCUCUGGAGAUGAUGCCUGGGAGAAGACCUUCCCUGCCAGCGUGCUGCACUUCCUCGGCCUUGUGCACAGCACCUACCCCCAGGACCCUGCCUGGCGGGCCCCAGAGUUCCUCCAGACAUUGGCUAUCGCCACCUUCCCUCUGGGAACCCACAAGGAGCCCAUGACUCAGCCUGCCCAGAACACCAACAACCCCGGGGCUGAGGUUGAAGGCGACAGCAUUCCAGAAGGCCUACAGGCUUCUGCCAAGUCACAUCCCGCCCGGAAGCAGCUGAGAGAUUUCAUGCAGCUGCUCUUGAGGGAGCUCUUGCUGGCAGCCUCCAACCCCAAGCAGUGGCUGCCAUUGGAAGUGAUCCUGGAGGCUUCUCCAGAUAAUGCCACCAGCCAACAGAAGCGGGAUUUCCAGUCCGAGGUCCUGCUUUCCACCAUGGAAAUAUUUCACACAAUGAGCAGAGGCAACACGUCCAUGCUCAGAGGCAGUAAAGAGCCUCAGCCGAAUGCAGAAGCUGCUUCUGGUCCUUCACUCGCAAGCAUCUCCCACUUCACCCAGAAGCUGGUAGAGAAACUAUACAGUGGGAUGUUCUCAGCAGACCCCAGACACAUCCUUCUCUUCAUCAUAGACCACAUCAUGGUGGUCAUCGAGAAUGCUUCUUCUCAAAAGGAUGCUCUCAUCAGUGCUUUGUACAGCAGUUUAAAUAAAGUCAUUCUUUAUUGCCUGUCCAAGCCCCAGCAAUCCCUCUCCGAAUGCGUUAGUCUUCUCAGCAUCUUGGGCUUCCUACAGGAACACUGGGACAUUAUCUUUGCCACCUACAAUUCCAAUGUCAGCUUCCUCCUAUGUCUCAUGCAUUGUUUUUUGCUGCUCAGUGAGAGAAGUUAUCCAGAAGGAUUUGGACUGGAACCGAAGCCUAGAAUCAAUCCUUAUCAUCAAGUCUUUCUUUCUCCAAAUGAAGAAGUAAGAGAAAAAGGAGAGGAAGACUUCCCAAGUUUGAAUGAUGUCCAGCACAACAUCCAAAAGACGGUGCAGACCCUCUGGCAGCAGCUCGUGGCACAGAGACGGCAGGAGCUGGAAGACACCUUCAAGAUUGAUCUCUCUGUGAAACCUGGAGAUACGGAAGUGAAGAUUGAAGAGAUUACCCCACUCUGGGAGGAGACGAUGCUCAAGGCCUGGCAGCAUUACUUAGCAUCUGAGAAGAAAUCGCUGGCCAGCCGCUCAAACGUGGGACAUCAGAGCAAGGUCUCUUCAUGGAGUGGCAGCUUGUCUUCAGCCAUGAGACUGAUGCCCGGGAGGCAGGCCAAGGACCUUGAGUGCAAGACAGAGGAUUUCGUGUCAUGCAUCGAGAACUACAGAAGAAGAGGGCAGGAACUAUACGCUUCUUUAUACAAAGAUCAUGUACAGAGACGGAGAUGUGACAACAUCAAGGCAGCCAACGCCUGGGCCAAGAUUCAGGAGCAGCUUUUUGGGGAGCUGGGCUUGUGGGGCCAAACAACAGAAGCCACACUUUGCUCCAGGUGGGAACUGGACUGGAGAGAGGGACCUGCUCGCAUGAGGAAACGUGUCAAACGCUUUUCUCCUCUGGAAGCCCUGAGUCCAGAAAGGUUCACGGAAAAUCAAGACAGAAACAGCAAUAUUUCUCAAACAAAUGUGGAAAAUCAAGAUGAGCUGACACCAAAGGAAGAUGACAUCACGACAGACGAGGUAGGAGUGGACUGUGCCCAGCUGACCUUCUUCCCUGCCUUACAUGAAAGUCUGCACUCUGAGGAUUUCUUGGAACUAUGUCGGGAGAGACAAGUUAUUUUACAAGAGCUUCCUGAUCACGAAAAGGUGACACAGAAGUACUCCCUGGUGAUCGUGCAGGGCCACCUGGUCUCCGAAGGUGUCCUGCUUUUUGGCCACCAGCACUUCUACAUCUGCGAGAACUUCACACUCUCCCCUGUGGGUGACGUCUACUGUACCCGCCACUGCUUAUCCAACAUCAGCGAUCCAUUCAUUUUCAACAUGUGCAGCAAAGACAGGUCCUCCGACCACUACUCGUGCCAGGGACACAGCUACAGGGACCUCAGGGAGCUCCGGCAGGCACGCUUCCUCCUACAGGACAUCGCCCUGGAGCUCUUUUUCCAAAAUGGAUAUUCCAAGUUUCUUGUCUUUCACAACAGCGAUCGGAGUAAGGUCUUCAAAAGCUUCUGCUCUUUCCAACCCAGCUUGAAGGGGAAAGGCGUCACAGAGGAGCCCCUCAAUCUAAGGAGGUACCCCGGCUUGGACAGGACCAUGCUGCAGAGGUGGCAGAAAAGGGACAUCAGCAAUUUUGAGUAUCUCAUGCACCUCAAUACCGUGGCUGGAAGGACCUACAAUGACUAUAUGCAGUAUCCUGUGUUUCCCUGGAUCCUGGCCGACUACACCUCACAGACAUUGAACUUGACGAAUCCCAAGACUUUCCGCGAUCUCUCAAAGCCCAUGGGGGCUCAGACCAAGGAAAGGAAGCUGAAAUUUAUCCAGAGGUUUAAAGAAGUUGAGAAAACUGAAGGAGACAUGACCGUCCAGUGCCACUACUACACUCACUAUUCCUCGGCUAUCAUUGUCGCCUCCUACCUGGUCCGGAUGCCACCCUAUACCCAGGCCUUCUGCUCUCUACAGGGCGGAAGCUUUGAUGUAGCAGACAGAAUGUUCCACAGCGUAAAGAACGCAUGGGAUUCGGCCUCCAGAGAGAACAUGAGUGACGUCAGGGAACUGACUCCGGAGUUCUUCUACCUCCCUGAGUUCCUAGUCAACUGCAAUGCCGUGGAGUUCGGCUGCAUGCAGGAUGGGACAGCACUGGGGGACGUUCAACUCCCACCCUGGGCUGAUGGGGACCCUCGGAAAUUCAUCAGCCUGCACAGACAGGCUCUGGAAAGUGACUUUGUCAGUGCCAACCUCCACCACUGGAUAGACCUCAUUUUUGGGUACAAGCAGCAGGGGUCAGCUGCGGUAGAAGCUGUUAAUACCUUCCACCCCUACUUCUAUGGUGACAGAAUGGACCUCAGCAGCACCAGUGACCCCUUGAUCAGGAGCACCAUCCUGGGGUUUGUCAGCAACUUUGGGCAGGUACCCAAACAGCUCUUUACAAAACCGCACCCAGCCAGGACCUCUGCAGGGAAGCCUUUACCUGGAAAGGACGCCGUCAUACCUGCGAGCCUCCCCAGCCACCCACAGCCUUUUUUCUACAAUCUGCAGUCACUGAGGCCCUCCCAGGUCACAGUCAAAGAUAUGUACCUUUUCUCUCUAGGCUCCGAAUCCCCCAAAGGAGCCAUUGGCCACAUCGUCCCUACUGAGAAGACCAUCCUGGCCGUGGAGAAGAACAAGAUGCUCCUGCCUCCGCUCUGGAACAGGACCUUCAGCUGGGGCUUCGAUGACUUCAGCUGCUGCUUGGGGAACUAUGGCUCUGACAAGAUCCUAAUGACGUUCGAGAACCUGGCUGCCUGGGGCCGCUGCCUGUGUACUGUGUGCCCAGCCCCCACAACAAUCAUCACCUCUGGCACGAGUGCGGUGGUAUGUGUGUGGGAGCUCAGCAUAGCCAAAGGCCGCCCGAGAGGUCUGCAUCUCAAGCAGGCCUUGUAUGGACACACACAGGCUGUCACAUGCCUGGCAGCAUCAGUCACCUUCAGCCUCCUGGUGAGUGGCUCCCAAGACUGUACUUGCAUCCUGUGGGACCUAGACCACCUCACUCAUGUGGCCCGCCUGCCUGCCCACCGGGAGGGUAUCUCUGCUCUUGCCAUCAGUGACGUCUCGGGCACUAUUGUCUCCUGUGCGGGAGCCCACUUGUCUCUGUGGAAUGUCAAUGGACAGCCACUGGCCAGCAUCACCACGGCCUGGGGCCCUGAAGGAGCCAUAACCUGCUGCUGCAUGAUGGAAGGGCCAGCAUGGGACACAAACCAUGUCAUCAUCACUGGGAGUCAAGACGGCAUGGUUCGGAUUUGGAAGACUGAAGACAUGAAGACAUCUGUUCCCGGACUGGUAGCACCAGAAGAUCCCUCAGCUCAACCUCCAAGCCCAAGAGGUCACGGGUGGGAGAAGAACCUUGCCCUGUGUCGAGAGCUGGAUGUCAGCCUUGCUUUGACAGGGAAACCCAGCAAGACCAGCCCUGCGGUGACAGCUCUGGCCGUGUCCAGAAACCAGACCAAACUCCUGGUCGGCGAUGAGAAGGGGAGAAUAUUCUGCUGGUCUGCAGAAGGGUAGGAAGGAAGAGACCGUGGGGGUCAGGCGGAGCGAGCAGCAUGUCCCCUGAGCGGCAGCAACAGCACCCGGCCUUUGCAGGUUGAAGCAGUGCCCAGGGCACAGAGGACUCUCCCCUGAGGAACGGGCCACUGGCCAUCAGAGCAGCACACCCCGAGCCACUCCAUGGCCUGUGAGACUUUGGCCUUGGAUUCACCCAAGGACACACUCUAUAAAAAGAAGAGCACCUGGGAGCCUGGGAGCAGCGAUCUGGAAAUGGUGACUCGCUCACAAGCUGCCCACGAACUCACAAGAUUCACCUUUUCAAAGGGCUUAUUACAUUAAAAAAAAAAAAAAGAAUUGGGUCGCUUCCUGGAAACUAAGGGGAAACAAUGGAUUGUCUUUAUUUUAUUAAAACAAGUAUUUUCCAAAGGCAA